CAGUCAGUCAAGUCAGUCAGUCAGUCAGUGAGUAGACAUGGCGACCGUAACCACCGCAGUUCUCUGGGUAGUGCUUACUAUACUUAGGUCCUGUCAGUGUGAGAUCAAGGCUGUUGGGGAUGCUCCGAUUAUCUCCCGGAUCAGUCAGCCGAUAGCACACGGCGAGGGUCCUCACUGGGACGACACCGAGCAGGUACUGUACUACGUGGACAUCGCCGGGCAAACCAUCCACAGAUAUGACCCUAACACUCAGCUGGAGAAGACCAUUACGUUCAGUAAGCCGGUCAGCUUGGUGGUACCGAUCAAAGACCAGAAAUACAAGUUUGUGGUGACCCUCGGGCUGGACAUGAUGAUUCUCACGUGGGACUGGGACUCGGGCUUCAACUACGUCUCGCCCCUGGUGUCCGUGGACCAGCACUCUCCCAGGAACCGCUGGAAUGACGGCAAAGCGGACGCUAAUGGUAGAAUGUGGGCAGGCACUAUGGGGUUCGAGGAACCGGUGGGGGUGGUCGCGAUGAACACGGCCACAUUCUACAGGGUGGACAACAACCCCUUGGUGCCGUGCCGUGCCGACUUGAUGCGGAGACCUGUCAGCAUCAGUAACGGGCUGGCCUGGAGCAGCGACAGUCGCACCCUCUACUACACGGACACGCCCACCCGCAGAGUCGACGCGUACGACUUUGAUCUUGCCCAAGGAAAUAUAUCAAACCCCAGAACAGUGUUUGAGUUUGGCAACACUGCAGGGAACCCGGACGGAAUGACGAUCGACUCAGAUGGGAACCUAUGGAUCGCUUGUUGGGGCGGGUCUCAGGUGAUCCAGAUAGAUCCAAACACAGGCCGACUGCUGCGCCAGAUUAAGCUGCCAGUCGAACGUGUGACAUCUGUAGUGUUCGGUGGCCCCAGACUCGACACCUUGUUCGUCACCUCUAUGCGCGCGGGGCUCAGCCCCAAGCAGCUCCGUCAGCAACCACUGGCCGGGGCUCUGUGGCAAGUCACCAAUCUUCACGUCACCGGCACAAUCAGCAACCCCGCUAUAGUCAACUGCAAGUGUAACAGUUAAUAAACACGCACACCACUCA